GGUUAAGACAUCAUGUUUCACACUAUAUGAUAAUACAAUAAUCUUAUAAAAUUUGUAACGAAUAUAUAUAUUCUUGGUAAAUAAUGAGGUGAUUGAUAUGCAACUGGAAAUUUAUGUGUAAUUUUGCUUUCAUUACUACCGCUAUGGAGUAUAGUUCGUAUAUUCUACCAAUGAUCUUGUUAGUUGCAGUUAAUAUAGAUUAUGGUCUAUCUUUGAGUUGUUAUGAAUGUCCAAUAUGCCCAGAACCAUUCAACGCUUCUUCUUUAUUGGUUAUCAACAGCAGCGACUGUAAUUGGUGUGCAAAAGUCUAUCUUAAAAACUUCAAUACAACAUUGAGAGCAUGUGCACCAAAAUGUAACUUUGAUUAUUGGGGCAAACAAUAUAUAUCAAUUUCUUAUUAUUGUUGUCAAACUGACUAUUGUAAUCAAAGUGUACAAACUUGUAGCACACAUCAAAUACUACUUAUGAUUGUUAUAACAUUAAUUUGUUUCUUUAUAAACAAAUCUGUAACAAAAUGA